CCCCCAUCUGCCAGGGAUGCCUGGCUGCACCCAGAGGAUGGAGCAGCUGAGCGGCUGUUGCUAAACGAGGUUCCCCGGAGCCUCCACGCCGCGGGACAUGGACGAUAGUGGAGCCGGGCUGCUGCCGCCUGCCCCUGGAUUUUAUAAGGACAUUCCUGAAGAGAAUGAACAAGCUGGCGACCUUCCGUCUGACGGAUUUAAGAUGACCUCAUUGGUUGAUGACCGCGUUGACCAGAGAGCGUGCCUUAUCUGUGGGGAUCGUGCCACAGGCCUGCACUAUGGCAUCAUUUCUUGUGAAGGCUGCAAAGGAUUCUUUAAGCGCAGCAUCUGCAAUAAGAGAGUAUACCGAUGUAGUCGGGACAAGAACUGCGUCAUGUCGCGCAAACAGAGGAACCGCUGCCAGUAUUGUCGACUCCUCAAGUGCCUCCAAAUGGGGAUGAACAGGAAAGCAAUCCGAGAAGAUGGGAUGCCGGGUGGAAGAAACAAGAGCAUUGGUCCUGUACAAAUUUCAGAUGAAGAGAUUGAAAGAAUAAUGUCUGGUCAAGAGUUUGAGGAGGAAGCCAACACUUCUUGGAGUAACAAUGGAGACAGUGAUCACAGCUCACCGGGCAAUGGAGUAUCUGAGAGCAACCAGCCUUCCCCUGUAUCCACACCCUCUUCAAGUAGAUCAAUGGAGCUAAAUGGAUUCACUUCUCUACGGGACCAGUAUUUGGGGACCCCCGGACCAACGCACUAUCAGUAUCUACCUCAUCUUUUUAGCUACUCUGCUCAUUCUGCUUUGAUCCCAUCGCAAACACGAAGCCUAGACCCUCAGUCACACACGCUUAUUAACCAGCUUCUAGCGGCAGAAGAUAUGGAACCACUCAACACCCCAAUGCUGAUUGAAGAUGGGUACAAGGUUACUCAGUCUGAGCUGUUUGCCUUGCUGUGUCGGCUCGCAGAUGAGCUCCUCUUCCGUCAGAUCACAUGGGUGAAGAAGUUGCCCUUUUUCUGCGAUCUUUCCAUUAAAGAUUACACGUGCCUGUUGAGCACUACGUGGCAGGAGUUGAUCCUGCUGUCCUCACUCACUACAUACAACAAACAGAUAUUCGGGGAUCUAGCAGAUGUCACCUCUAAAUACUCUCCAUCUGAAGAUGAACUACAUAGAUUUAGUGAGGAAGGCAUGGAAGUGAUGGAGAGACUCAUCUACCUGUUUCGAAAGUUCAGCCAAAUCAAAGUGAGCAAUGAAGAGUACGUCUGCAUGAAAGCCAUUAACUUUCUGAAUCAAGAUAUCCAAGGUCUAAGCAGUAUUUCUCAGCUUGAGCAGCUGAAUAAGAGGUAUUGGUACGUGUGCCAGGACUUUACAGAGUAUAGGUAUCCACAUCAACCCAGCAGAUUCCCAGACCUCAUGAUGUGUUUGCCUGAGAUUCGCUAUAUUGCUGGAAAACUGCUGAAUGUACCUCUGGAGCAAUUGCCUCUGCUUUUUAAAGCUUUUCUCCACUCGUGCAAGACAGGUGCUACUAAAGAGUAAGGAAUGAACAAAGAUUGACCGAAAUGCUGGACCAGGGCUGUCCUGCAUCAGUUGAUGGAGAAACAAAAGGACAAUUAGAGAUCCCUGAAUGGGAGAUUUAAAAAAAAGAAAAAUGUUUUUUAUUUUCUUUUUUUUUUUUUAAACUCUUUUCUUAUCUAUUUAUUUCUUGACAGAGUUGAAUGUAUUAUCUUCAACACGGGUGCACAAACAUAAAUGCAGUUGUUGCAUUUUGUUGCUGUUUACAGACCUAAAAUUUUUAAAGCCUUUUUAUGGGAGGGAUUCUCUUCUUGUUAUGGGAGAGGAUAGAUAUGUUACAGUGUUGCCAUUUUAUGUGUAAUUUUUCUUAAAUUUACCUUUUUUUUUUUUUUUUUUGGGAGUGGGUGAGAAUUUAUUUCAUUAGUUUGAGCAAAGAAAACUACCUCGAUUAUUACUUUUUUUUAAUAGAUUUUGUUUGAAUUUUUUCUAAUAAUAGAUUUUGUUGCUAAAAAUGCUGAGAUUAACUUGUGCAAUUGUUUUUUUUUUUCCCCUGAAUUUUAUGAUUUAUUUUGUGAAUAUUUACAUUGUCUGGCUUUGGGCAAGAAGUAAAUUGUGUAGAUCAUACCGGUAACAAUGGGAUCUCAUAAUGAUAGUUUUUGGCCGAGUGCUCUUUUGUCUGACACCUAUUUCUUUUGAACCUUCUCAUAGAUGCUUGGUUUAACCAAUUUGGUAGGGAGAGAGGAAUACACCGGUGCUUCUAGACACCUACAGCUGCGGCCUAUCUCCCUUGGGAACAAAAGAAUUGAACAUAUUAAAAUCCAGCUUUGAUCCCUCUUUUUUAAAGAUGGCCAUGUCAGUGGAAUUUUCAUUCAGCCAAUCUCCGAAUGUACAUAACAGCCUGGCAUGACAUUUAUGUUUCCUCUAUGGGGAGGGAAACGGUAAGCCACAGUCAGACAGCUCUGACGAUGGCUUCUCCUCUCCCAAAACAAUAGGGUCAGGCAGUAAAAAACUAACAAGCCCCACUCUUCUCUCCACAACCUUAUCUGUGAGUGAAGAGUCUGGAGGCCACCAUACACUUUUGACAGUUGGCAGAAGAUAGUGGGUUUAGCCAACUCAACCAAGGUGGAAGGACACCUUUAAAACAGCUGUCAUCAACUUCAACAGCUACAUUAAGAUGUACUCAACAAGCAAUAAUUUAACCCAUCCUGCUUAAAAAACUAUACAGAAUUUUAAAAUGUUAAAGGAAAUCUGUAGCAAAAACAACUUAUCCCCCUAUCCACAGGAC